GAGCGAUGAACUGAGGAUUAAACAUGUAUGGGAAUUAUCCUCACUUCAUUAAGUUUCCUGCGGGCUUUGGCAAUUCCCCGGUGCACGCCAGCUCCACGUCUGUGGGCCUGUCCUCGGGCCUUCCCACGGGGAGCCCGGUGGUGGAGGGGCCCCCCAGCUACCUGGAGCCCCCCGGGACCGCUGCGAGGGCGCUGCCGUCGCCCAUGGGUGCCGUCGGCUCCCCGGUGAGCGCCCUGGGCUCGCCCUACAGGGUCAUCGCCUCCUCGCUGGGCUCCCACCCCGUCGCUCUGUCCUCGGCCCCCGGCAUGAAUUUCGUGGCACACGCCAGCCCACAGCUCAAUGUCCUGAACAAUGUCAGCAGCUCGGAGGAUGUCAAGCCCUUGCCGGGUCUCCCGGGGAUGGGGAACAUGAAUUAUCCAUCCACGAGUCCAGGAUCCCUAGCCAAACACAUCUGUGCCAUCUGUGGGGACAGGUCCUCAGGGAAGCACUAUGGGGUGUACAGCUGUGAGGGCUGCAAAGGCUUCUUCAAGAGGACGAUCAGGAAGGAUCUGAUCUACACCUGCCGGGAUAACAAGGAUUGCCUGAUCGACAAGCGCCAGCGCAACCGCUGCCAGUACUGCCGCUAUCAGAAGUGCCUCGCCAUGGGGAUGAAGAGGGAAGCUGUGCAGGAGGAGAGGCAGAGGAGCAGGGAGCGCAGUGAGAACGAGGCCGAGUCCACGAGCAGUGGCACUGAGGACAUGCCCGUGGAGAGGAUCCUGGAAGCUGAGCUGGCAGUGGAGCCCAAAACAGAGGCAUACAGUGACGUGGGCACAGAGAGCUCGACAAAUGACCCAGUCACCAACAUCUGCCACGCUGCUGACAAGCAGCUCUUCACACUGGUCGAGUGGGCCAAGCGCAUCCCCCACUUCUCCGACCUGACGCUGGAAGACCAAGUCAUUCUCCUCCGGGCAGGCUGGAAUGAGCUGCUCAUUGCCUCUUUCUCCCAUCGCUCCGUGUCAGUCCAGGACGGGAUCCUGCUGGCCACGGGCCUGCACGUGCACCGCAGCAGUGCCCACAGCGCUGGCGUGGGCUCCAUCUUUGACAGGGUUUUGACAGAGCUGGUGUCCAAAAUGAAAGACAUGCAGAUGGAUAAGUCGGAGCUGGGGUGCCUGCGAGCCAUUGUCCUGUUUAACCCAGAUGCCAAGGGUCUGUCCAGCCCCUCAGAAGUGGAAUCUCUCCGGGAGAAGGUCUAUGCCACGCUGGAAGCCUACACGAAGCAGAAGUACCCCGAGCAGCCAGGACGGUUUGCCAAACUCCUCCUGCGCCUGCCGGCGCUGCGGUCCAUCGGGCUGAAGUGCCUGGAGCACCUCUUCUUCUUCAAGCUGAUUGGAGACACCCCCAUCGACACCUUUCUCAUGGAGAUGCUGGAGACACCCCUGCAGGUCACUUGA